AGUCCGCCUGCCGCGCCAACAACAUCGAGAGUCCUGCGACACGCUCGCUCGAGUCGCGCGCUUCGCAGUUGUCACUGGUUGUCGCGUCGCGCGCGCGCAUUAUACUCGCAUACGAGACGCACGCAUACAGGAUGACGCGUUCGCUACGAACAUAACCUCUACUCAACGCUAUACAGACUACGGAUAUCAGCUAAAUAUGUGUUUUUGUGUUUGUGUGUGUUAUUAAACACGUGGUUUUUGGAUAUCUAAAUGAAAUUUUUGUUUUUUAUUGUUUAUCUUCAUUAUAAAGGACAGAUGCAUCGUGAUCGUGAAAUGUCUACAGCCAGCUACAGCUACGCGCCAGCAUCUUCCUGAGAUCGAUCACGCAUAUCAUGGGAAUUAUCGGUGAGGGUGGCAGUCGCAGCCCCGUCAUUCCGAGCAAGGACCGCCCGUCAUCGACCGACAUGCAAGCGGCGGCGGCUCUCCCGCCCCCAGACGCCCGGCAUUAUGCAACUGCGAGCAACUCGAUCGGAUUAAUGGAGGUGUGGGCUUCAGUGGCGUCGUGGUUUUUUCGUCCGGAGUGUUCUAACCUGCUGACAACGAUGGCGGGAGCUGACCCUAACUUUGUGACAGCUUCAGCCAGACCCACAACGACCUCAGCUCCCAUGUCGACGCCGUCGAUAGCUCCGCCAACGACCACCUCACCAUCUUCGAAUACCACCACAACAUCGCCGAGUACGUCGUCCACUUCAAUGGGCAAGUCUUCGCUGCACUAUCGAGACCCACCAACAAGGGAACGCGUCUUCCAAGCCCCGACAAUUUGCACGGCGAUACGCUGUACAGUCCCAAGUUGUAGCUGCGAAUGUUUCAUCCCCGGCAAGCGUCAUCUCCGCUACUGCGAGACCUGCAAACAUGGAUGGGUCCCACAUGCGCUGGACAAGUUGGGUACGCGACAUCUCUUCACGAACAGUGCUCCCGAACCAGUUCAGCCAAACGCGGCGUUUGACAUCGCCAGCCUGGUCCUCUACGGCUGUCAGGCGCUGCCGAUCCGCCUGAAGAUCCUGCUCGACCGACUCUUCUCGGUACUGCAGAAGGAACAAGUGCUCCAAGUGUUGCAUGGAUUCGGCUGGACGCCGGAAGACUACGCGCGUGGAUAUAUCUUACAGGAUUCGCACGCGGUCAGUUCCCUCGACCGAUGGAGCAUCUGUAGUCCUGAAGAGGAGCCGCUUGUGUUGCAGCAAUUUCUUCGGUUUGGAGAAACUCGUGCGAUUACUCAGCAAUUGCUGCUUGCCCAACAGGUGCUGCAGCAGGAGCCGACGCUGGAGCGGCUUGACCGACUCGUGGCGCCGCAUUCGCGUUCGCGGGCGAUGUCACCCAGCCGUCGUCCCAAUUCACCGCCACCUGUACCAUCCGCGUUUCAUCCCUCGCGUCUCCCUACGACAAUGUCACCGCAUCAGAAACACCCGCUGAGUUUUCUGAAACUGCCAAUGAGUAACGGCCCAACGAGUUCUGCCACUACAACAUCUCCAUCACCGCGCAACGUUACCUCUAGCCCUUUGAACACCUCGCCCUUGAAUAGACUACAGAACAUGCAACCGUUUGAUUUUCGUAAAUUCGGUGCUGGUCUAGGCGCGGCCUUUCCCACAAACCGUCUUAGUCCGGAGAUGACUAGUCGGCGACGCACAUCCGAAAGCGACACCCAGGUGGGUCUCAACUUAAGUAUGUCUACCUCACUCUCCUGCCUGCCGCCACCGCCGCCGAUCCCGACGUCGCUUAGUCAUUCGGCUGCGAUGGCCGCGGCGGCCGCGUCAGUGAACUCUCUAGCGGCUGCCGGUCUAGUGUCGUCCUUUCCCGGUCUGAUAUCGACCCGGAUGUCUACCGGCAGCAAGUCGCCCUCUACGUCUGACCUAAUGGGUAACCAUUUUGAUGGGCAGUCGGAUGAUGACGACAUGGAUGAGAACUCACACUCGGCGCUCAAUCUUAGUCGAGAUAACAAGGACGCGCAUAAAUCCAGACAAGCGCGUUCGGUCCCCGGUCGCAAACCUGGCACGCCUACAAAACGUCAUUGGGGUUCGCCAGGUUUGCCAUUAAAUUUGGGCACGCAAUUCAUCAAUCCAGCGACGGGGAAAAAGCGGGUGCAAUGCAACGUGUGCUUAAAGACGUUUUGUGAUAAAGGCGCGCUGAAGAUCCAUUUUUCCGCGGUCCAUCUACGUGAAAUGCACAAGUGCACAGUGGAAGGGUGUAACAUGAUGUUCAGCUCGCGGAGGUCGCGUAAUCGACACUCGGCGAACCCGAAUCCGAAAUUGCACUCGCCACAUUUGAGGAGGAAGAUAUCCCCGCAUGAUGGCCGAAGCUCCCAGGCACACCCCAUUAUGAUCCCGCCGCAAGCCGGUCUACUACCUCAGGCAGCCGGGUUGAACCACUUGAACCCGUUCAAUCCCUUCCCACUGCUCACCCCUCCGCCAGAUCUACGUCAUCCAGCCGGGCUUGGCUUGGAUUUCAAACACUCGUUGGAUUUAUCAAUGCAUAAACUCGACGACAAAAUGACUCUGUCUGACUACAGUUCCAUGCAGUUAUCUACGAGCAAUCAUGAAGAUGACGACGAUGAUGAUGAUGACGAUGGGAUUGUGGUUGUUGGCGGUGAUGAAGAUGAUGAAAGUUCGGAACGGAUAGACAGUACUAAUGGAGUUUCCGACCAACCAGAAGAUUUCAGCAUGCCCACAAAACGACAGAAAAUGUCGGUGUCUGAUUUUGAUGAGGAUGUCACAAGCAAUAUUGAUAGCAAUGAGGAUUCUCUCAGUGUGGUGGAUACGCACAGUCUAAAAGAUACUAAUGAAGAAUGUGUUCUUCCAACGAACAAACGAAAACGUAAAAAUCAGAAUCCCACGAGAUGUGCAGUUGCUGCGCGGGUUGUAGACCCACCUUCUGAUGGUGACUCCUCGAAUGAUGUAUUUAUAGAGAGAAUUUCUAUCAAAAGAGAAUGUGACCUCAAAGACAUCAAGCCAAAAAUCGAAGAAGUCGAUGAAAAAGAACCGGAUGACCCGGACGAAGAUGAAAGGGAGGUGGAUUCGAACGAUGAUAAAAUUACGAAUUCAAAAAACGACGAUGCUCCUCCUAGUCCCAUUAUGAAUACGCCACUGGACUUGGGCAAGCGAAGCCCGGACGUAAACGCCAACGAGCCGGAGCCCGCUUCGAUCAGUAUUGCCCCUCUGUUCUCGCUCGAGACGAUCAAGCGUGAGACAACGCAAGACAACGAGCCGGAGAAUGAAGAGCGCGAAAGACCCGCGAGUUCGGUGGAGAGCAACAAGAGCGAUGAAUACUUCGACUGCACAAACGCACUGCGUCAGCUGGAGAGCCUUUCGCACGGCAACUUCGGCGAGCUGGUGAGUCGAGGUCUUCAUCUGGGACUGGGAGGAGGACAUCAGGCGUCGCAAUUUCCGCCGCUGGGUUUUAUGAUCGGUGGCGGUCCCCCGAGUCCGGCCAGGUCGCAGACUUCCUCCGCGGGAAGCUCGAACGGUGGGGAAUCGCCAGACGAGAAUAGCCAGAAUCACGUAUACGGACACUUUGACAACGGCCAGUUCAUCAGCACGAUGGAUGUGCCAAUCGACAAGGACAACCCGCGUCGCUGCACCGCGUGCGGCAAGAUCUUUCAGAAUCACUUCGGCGUAAAGACUCACUAUCAGAACGUCCAUCUGAAAUUGAUGCACAAGUGCAAUGUGGACGGGUGCAACGCUGCGUUUCCAUCAAAACGUAGUCGUGAUCGUCACAGCGCCAAUCUGAACCUGCAUAGAAAACUACUUUCCACCUCAUCGGAUAAGUCAACAGCGAGUUUGUUCAUGGAUAAGUCACCGUUCGCAUCAUUAGCGAACAGUGCACUACACAGUGACAUUUUGGCACGCCUCUACUCUGAAGAUGCUUUCAAAGGACACCAUCUUCCACAUCCUGCUGCUUUAGAACAAAUGUUACUCAACGGCGAUCGCUUACCACCACCUCCACUGUUACUACCACCUUUGGGUGGUUUACCAUUCCCACUUGGAGGCUUCAAUCACUUUCCUCAAUUAAACGGCUCCUCAAUCGCCAGCAGAAAAGAUAGGUCAUCCGGGUCAAACUCACCGUUGUCAGCAUCACCACCACCACCAUUGAACAGCUCACCAGGUCUCACUGCAUCAACAACCAACACCUCCAAUUUGGUACACUGCGUUGAGGAAGACAUGCCAGCUGUUGACAAAGAUGGUAAUCUUCCUUGUCGUCUGUGCAGAAUGACAUUCACUGGAGCGCAGCAAUUGAAAGACCACUGCGAAAAGCACCACCUUUACGAAAUGCACAGGUGUACCGUGAAAGGGUGUGACAAGGUAUUUCUAUCGAAAACAAAACGUAAUCUUCACGCGGAAAAUGACUCCUUACACCACAACAGGAUUAGGAAAGGUUUCGACGCGAGCGUUUCGUGACCGUUGUUUGAUGCUAGAAUACCAAUUUGGUGGUGAGCACACUUACACAUGGCGGCCGAGCGUAUUUAAUCUAGAUAGUUUUGAUAUAUGUGAUUUACUGUAUAUUAUUACCUUUUUGCUAUAGUUUAAAAGUCUUUUAAUGCCAGUUAUAUUUCUAUUUAUUAUCGCUUGUAAUAUAUAAACGAAGAACAGUGGGACGGGCGCUUCACAGCCGGUUCUUUAAGUUUAGGAAGCCAGUCUUGCGAAAUACUCAUUUGUACAUAUACGAAACUGUUUAUUUUAUUUUUUCGUAAAUUAAUUUAGCCUAUAGGAGAUCUCCGAUUUGUUGUGAUUAUUUGAUAGAUUCAACGCCUUUCGUCCUAAAACCUAUAUCACUUUGAUCUUUAAACAAAUAAUUAUGUAUUAUAUAUGAUUAGAACGGAGGAGAAGCGAAGAGACCUGCCUCACCUUAAAUAAAUUGCGAAACGAAAACACGACUUAACGAGUGAACAUUACAAUUGCUCACACAGACACAUCUAUACUAAUCCACUAUGCCCACAAAGAAUUGUUUCACAUCACACGAAUUUUAUAUGAGACGCAAACUGAGUGGAGAGAAAAAAAAUUGUGUAUAAAUUUGUCAUCAUCUUUCAAUGUGCAAUAACUGUGUAAAUAUAUAUCCCUGCUCUGUUAAUGUAUAGAUGUAUAUAAUAAUUUCGAAAUAUAAUGUACGAUUGAUUGAUCAACAAACAAAAAAUGAAGAAAAAUCAAAGCGGGACUUUUCCUAAUGUAUACGACUAAAAAAAAUGCAAACACAAUUGAUAUUAUCCCAAGUUUAAAAUAUCUAAAAAAAAAUGCUACACACCUACAAGUAAAAUAUAUUGGUUAUAUCGGUGGAUUUAUAAAAGGAUGAGAUUUUCAAUAAAUACGUAGCUCUUUCGUUUACAAAUGAAAUGUGUCGAAUGAUGAGAGUUGAAGGUGAGAACGUAAACGUUGAUUAGUUAUUGCAUAUUUAGUUAUUGUGUACAGUGACCGAAUGUAAUUGCCUUUUGGCUUUAAUAAAAAUAUAGCUGAUGUCGUCUUAGAUACCAAUGCA